AUGUCCCGACCCUCACGCACCCAGCAGCUACAGAAUCCACGACUUGUACCCAAGCUUUCAGAAGAGACCCCAAACCCUCUACUUGAAUCAGCGCCAGUUCUAGAUUUGGUCUUGGCCGUUCGCAAGCUCACCAAGGAAACUAGCGCUGGUAUUGCAGAUUCAAUCUUAGCCAAGCGCGACGAAGAGCGUGGCCGCAAAACUGAUCUGGAUGGGUCAUUCAAGCGGGGAAGGUCCAUCUCAUCGCAUUCAGAUAAUUCGAUAGGCGUGGAAGACGUCACGGCAGCCGUUCUGUAUCACCACGUGCAUCGAAGUCCCGGAAGCGCAGAUACAGCGACUCAGCCGACAGCUACUCAGGCUCAUCAUAUGCCUCAGAGGACAGACAACGCUCGAGAUCAAGGACAGACGAAAGAAACAUCCGACGUCGCCGUCGAGAGAAUAGUCCCGAUGAGCGAGGGAGGCACAUGA